AUGGUAAGUGCAGACCGAAUUGUAGAAUUACAAUAUGAACUACAAAAUAUUGUUGUUAAUCAAAUGAAACAACAACAAAAGCUAAUAGAAAUGAACGAGAGAAAAGAACACAUGAAAUCAUCAGUAAAAUUACCCAAACUAGACUUACUACCUUACGGUGGAGAUAAACUUAAGUGGUUGGAGUUUUGGGAAUCAUUUGAGGCAAGAGCGGAAGUGCUAAACCCCAAAGGAACAGCCAGAGAACACGCACGAAUACUACUUGAUUCUGGAUCCCAGAGAACUUACAUUACACAGUCAUUAGCCAAGAAGCUCGGUGUAGAGAAAGGCAGGGAAGAAGAAAUAAAGCUAGUUACCUUUGGUUGUAAUAAACCGAAGAUCAUUAAAACAUAUGCCACACAAUUGUGUUUAAAGUUAAAACAUGGAGAGUAUAUUGAAAUCAGUGCAAAUAUUGUUCCAGUCAUAAGUGAGAACAUACAGCAAAGACAAAUAAACAUGUCUACAGAUGAAAGCUUAAAGCACCUAUUGAAAAGUUUAGAUAUGGCUGAUACAUUUGAACCAGCAGAAACCUCAGCAAAUGUAGACUUGCUAUUAGGAAACGAUUAUUACCUGGAAAUUGUUAUGUUACAAAAGAUUCAGGUUACAUCAGGACUUUACCUACUAGCAUCAAAGUUAGGCUGGAUACUUACAGGCAGAACAACGGAAACACGCGAAAAUGAAAAUGAAACAAACAUGCUAAUUCUUACACACGGAACAAAUAUCAGUGCAACAAAGGUGUUUUCAAGUGUCGACUCGGUUGUUCCAAUAAAGCCAGAUUUGGAUGACUUUUGGAAGAUCGAAUCCUUGGGAAUUACUGAAUGUGAAAAUCAAAGUCAAAUAAGUGAUAAGGUUGCUCUGACGACAUUCAAAGAGACGUUGAGAUAUAAAAAUGGAAUGUACUUUGUGACCUGGCCAUGGAAAGAAGAAAAUCCAGAACUACCGGAAAAUAGACAUCUUGCAUUCUCAAGGUUAAAAUCAAAUGUAGCAAGAAUGGAAAACAAACCUGAGAUUCUUGAAAAAUACAACACCGUAAUAAGGAACAACUUAGCAAAGGUGUGA